AUUCCGACACGCAGCUCGCCUGCUGCUUGCGCGAUCGGCCGCUGUCUCUUUAAAUUACGAUUUCCUUCAAUUGUGGCGGCGUCGUGACCAGGAAAGAGGAAACGUAACCAGAGGAGGGGUGGGCUUGGUAGCUAUUAAAAAAAAAAUCCCCCAGACGAAAUAAACAUCAGACCCUUAAGGGGGGCCAGGAGAAAGCGAGAGAGGGUCGAGACAAGUGCACGACACUUAUUAUGCUCCUCGUGGGUUGCGAAGGCGAUGCAACACCUCCAUUAAAUCCGCUCGAAGGAUGAGCAGACGCGCCUUUCUCUGUCGGUAUUUUCCGUUUAAUUUAUUUUAAGCCAUUUUUAUUUUAAACAAGUCAAAGCAGAGAUGCACAUCUGGCGUGCUUGCAGCAGGAAGACUGACAAAGCAAGGGAAGAAUAAAACUGGAGAUCCCGUGUGAACGGCAGCAGCAUUCGGAAGGAUUACAACCGAAAUCAAGAAUAAAAAUUAAAGAAAAGGAGGAAAAACAAAAAGGGACCGCAGAGGCAGCACGUCGUUAGCUGUUCACAUGCAAUCGGCACUGGGGACGCGGAAAAUCCUGGGAAUGUCCUCGGCGAUCGAAAGGAAGAGCCUGGAGGCGACCGAGGAACCGGUGGAUGAGGUGCUGCAGAUCCCGCCAUCGUUGCUGACCUGUGGUGGCUGCCAACAGAAUAUUGGAGAUCGUUUCUUCCUUAAAGCCAUCGAGCAGUACUGGCAUGAAGAUUGCUUGAGCUGUGACCUUUGUGGCUGCCGCCUCGGUGAGGUGGGCCGCCGAUUGUACUACAAGCUUGGGAGGAAGUUGUGCAGAAGAGACUAUCUGAGGUUGUUUGGACAAGAUGGACUCUGUGCCUCCUGCGACAAAAGGAUCCGAGCAUUCGAGAUGACGAUGCGGGUGCGGGACAAGGUGUACCACCUGGAAUGUUUCAAGUGCGCCGCUUGCCAAAAGCACUUCUGUGUGGGCGACCGCUAUCUGCUCAUCAAUUCAGACAUCGUAUGUGAACAAGACAUUUUCGAGUGGACUAAAGUCAAUGGUCUGCUUUAAGAGCGUGGAAUGCAAAUGGAGGUCCUCAGGUGCUCCUAACUGCAUUGCUUCCUCCUUGUUUUCUUCCACUGGACAAUGAACUGGUCAAUAAAGGAUAUUUAGACAUUUGCAGUGGAAGCACUCUACAAGCUUGCAAAAAUAACUUUAAAGCGAAAGGAUGAAUGGAGCAAAGAAAUACACGGCCACAAGCACUUCCUGACUGGAAUUAAGACUUUGGAUACAUGGAAAUAUGAACAGAAAUGUUCACAUGCAAGUAUGAUGAGUGUCCUCUAGGUGGCACUGUUUACCCACAAUUGGUAUGGAGUCCUUUGGAAUUGUGGGGUCCUGUGACCAGAACAACUCUAAUAUUCAUACAAUGACUAUUAUGGAUUUUUUUUAAUGAUUAUUUUUAAAGAUAUGGCUUUUGAUAUAUUAUCUUUUCUUGCCAGUCAGGACACCAGCGUUUGUCUUCAGAAGUUGUUAACUCCAUGUUGCCCUGUUUUACCUAAGCAGACAGACAAACAUCUCCCAGGGUGACUGCUGGCCCGUGGGUGGUGUGAUCCUUUGGCACCUCAUUCAUUGCAGUCCAGUGGCGAAGGAGUGAUGCCCCCCUGGUGACUGUGACGUCUAGCAGUGCAAUUUAAUUUACAGCUAAAACGAUGGCCAUCCUGGAUUUUUCAUUCUGGUUGAAUCAUAUAAAGUCCACCCUGCUGGUUUAUGCUCCUAUACAUUUCUUUUCUUUUCCUAUGAUUGUCCUAGAAGAAUAUGAGUCAAAAAAGGCAAAAUUUGUCAAAUCAUCCAUUUCCUAUUUUUUAAUAAAUUGAAUAUGGACAAAUAAGAAAAAGUUGAGGUUAUUUGA